GAGCGGAGGGAGCCGGGGGGCGCGUAUGCUGCUUCAUCUACGGGAGCAGGCGGCCCGGGCCUGCGCACCCAGAUGAGCGAUCUCAGCAAAAGCACAACAACAAGAAACCUUUACAAACGGCGGGCUUGUGCGUUAUCAUUUUGAAAUAAAUCGUAUUGUUUCACGACAACAAAAACGAAAUAAAUUCUGACGCGCCCGCGGUUGUUGUAAAACGUCACGCAAAGCCGUUGGUACCAAUAGGAAGAAUGUGGUGUGUGUGUGUUGUUGUUGGCACUAAUUGUAAUUAGUGUUGCCAAAUCAUCAAUAAUUGUAUGGGAAGGCUGUUUGUUAAUACGUAUGUCCGCAGUGGUGAGGCAGCGAUGGGUUGCAAUUCACUUUAAAGGCGCUGGUCUUAGUAUGAUCACACACUUACAGGGACUGUAGCGUUAUUUCUCAGUUCAGGUUGGACAAGUGUGUAUUAGUCGAUUUUAGGUACGGGUAAGAUUUAAGAUUAUUUGUAAUGAAUGAGGGAUACUGAGCUGGGGCCUUCUAGUGUACAUGGAAUUGAUCAGAUCACGUUUCUGUAGCACUGUGGGUAUAAACAAUCUCAAGCACUGUAAUAUUGCCCUAGCAGACGAUGGGUAAGGAUUACUGCAUCUGGCGCUGCUGUCCCGGCCAAAUAAACAAUGUAUACUAUUUAAACCAUGGAGAGUCUGGGACUUCAAGCAGUGACGCUCAGUGACGGCUCCAACUCAUUCAUCCAGCAAGCUAUCAAAGAUGGGAAGCUGAUUGAAGGAGACACCAUCCAGUUAGAGGACGGUACCACUGCCUACAUCCAGCAGGUCACCGUGCAGCAGAAAGACUAUACCCCGUUCGAGGAUGGCCAGGCAGUACAGCUGGAAGACGGCAGCACUGCCUACAUUCACCACAUGCUCAAAGAGGGCUAUGACCCCAGCACGGUGGAGGCAGUGCAGCUGGAGGAUGGCAGCACUGCGUACAUCCACCACCCCUCCGGCAUGCAGGCCAGCAACACGAUCCUGACUGUGCACACUGAGGGGGGGCUGGAGGAGGGCACCAUCGACCCAGAGACCAUCACCACCCUGGAGCAGUUCGCCAGCAAGAUGUCCGAGUCGGAUAUGGUGGAGGACAAUGCUCCCAGCAGCACCGGGCUUCAGCAGAGCGACUCUGCAGAGGAUCCCAGCGCUAUCGAGGUGCUGUUCAAGGAGUCGCGGAGCUCAGGGAAGUCUCAGCAAAGCGGGGAGAAGUCGCAUCGCUGUCAAUACGAGGGCUGCGGCCGGCUCUACACCACAGCUCACCAUUUAAAGGUUCAUGAAAGAGCUCACACAGGUGACCGGCCGUACAGGUGUGACGUGUCGAGCUGCGGGAAGGCCUUCGCUACGGGGUAUGGCUUGAAGAGCCACAUCCGCACACACACUGGAGAGAAACCGUACAAGUGUCCUGAAGACAUGUGCACCAAGGCCUUCAAGACAUCGGGGGACCUGCAGAAACACGUGCGCAUACACACAGGCGAGCGGCCGUUCCAGUGUCCGUUCGAGGGCUGUGGCCGCUCCUUCACCACCUCCAACAUCCGCAAGGUGCACAUCCGCACCCACACCGGGGAGCGGCCCUACAUGUGCGAGGAGCAGGGCUGCGGGAGGGGCUUCGCCAGCGCCACCAACUUCAAGAACCACAUGAGGAUACACACAGGUGAAAAACCUUAUGUGUGCACUGUGCCAGGCUGUGGAAAGCGCUUCACGGAAUACUCCAGUCUGUACAAACACCACGUGGUGCACACGCACUGCAAACCCUACACCUGCAACCACUGCGGGAAGACGUACCGGCAGACCUCCACCCUCGCCAUGCACAAGCGCACCGCGCACGGCGACUUCGAGGCCACAGAGGAGGCAGAGCAGCGCCACUCCGACGACGGAGGGGAUCAGGAGCCUGUUCCGAAACGGCAGCGCAUCGCCUUCCUGACUGAGGGGGAUGGGGUAGGGGCCCCACAGGUUGCCAUGGUAGCGCGGGACGUCAUAGAGUCACAGGUCGCGCUGAUCACUCAAGACGGGACACAGCAGGUGAGCCUAUCCCACGAGGACUUGCAAGCGCUGGGGUCAGCCAUCACCAUGGUAACACAGGACGGCAGAACAAUUGCAGUCCCUGCCAACCAGGGUGACAUCACUGGGUCUGGCACCCACACAGUUACUAUGGUGACGGCGGAUGGAAUGGAGGCCCAGUCGGUGGCCAUUGUAACAGAAGGGAUGAUGGUUGGAGAUUCACAUGUAGCAGCUCAGCAUUACCAACAGGUGGCGCUGUUGGCCACAGCAAACGGCACCCAGAUAGCAGUACAGCUGGAGGAGCAGCAGACGCUGGAGGAAGCCAUCAGCAUGGCCACAGCAGCCAUUCAGCAGGGCAGCAUGUCUCAGGACGAGGUGGUGGCUGACGGAGGCUGCUGAGGAGCUCUCUCUCUCUCUCUCUCUCUCGCAGACCGGGAGGAAACAGAAACAAAACGGAUGUGAAGAAACUGGAACCGGAGGUGCAGAGUCAGGGUGCGCUGCCAGCUUUUAAAAACAUUUUUCUUCAUGGCAUUGCCACUUUGAGUCCAAAAGGUAUUGCUUUUACUUUAUGAAAAAAUAAAACAAACACUGCCGGCUGUUUCGCCGCCUUGUUCGUUAAGGGGAAUGCAACUUGUCACCCCACCCCACCCAUUCUACAAAUCCCAGCACCUUUCUGGGGCAGAAAGGUUUGACAGCUCGGCUUCUCCCCCAGUGAGCUCAAUGGGAAACGAAGGAGCUUUCAGAUGUAGAAGAGCCACCAGGAUAAUGCAGGCUUUUCUUCUUGCUGUGUUUUUUUCAGAUUUUAUUUUUCUUGCUCUCUUUUUCCUUUGGAUUUCUGGAAAGACUGCCAGCAAGGAUAUACAUGUACAUAAGACUAGUGCCCUCUCACGUUGGAGGAGGCUGAUGCGCUCCGAUGGUCCGUGCCAUCUCUCUAGACUCGAAGCGCAGCAAGGUACUCCCCUCCUAACAGAUUUUAACAGCUGGAGCACCCUGCUUUCCUGAUCUCCGAGUCCAGCGAAAGACGCUGCCCGUGUCUUUUUCGACUGUACCAAAGGUUUUGUUAAACCAGCAAUAAAUCUAUUGUUUUUUUAUGGUGCACAUAAAAGCCAGCUCCACACACCCGCUCAGUUGGUUGUAAUUGUUUUAUACAAGUCAUAAAAAAUACUGGUUAAAACCAAAAAUAAAACUAGUUUUGCUAGAGAAGCCGUGCUGUUUUGAGUUUGUGUCUCCACGCGGACCCCUUUCCCAGAGCGUUGUGACAGGCGGUGUACCGUUUGUCUCAGGUGAUAGGAAUUUUUUGUUUAAUGAAACUUUGUAAGUAAGAGAGAGAGAGGAGUCAACAUGUACUGAUUUCUUUUUUAUAUACUGAAAUUGUUUUCUAGAUUUUUUUUUUCUGCUUUAAAAAUGUGUAUGGAGGGAUGGAGGGACUUUAAAUAAAAAUGUGUUUAAAAGGCA